AUGUCGCCUCCCUUCGACCACGUAGGACCUACCUCGGUACUACAGAAAUCAGUAGAACCACGUUCAGUGAUAACACUCAUUCUCGUUGAGAAUUCCUGGGCUUUAGAACGGUUGUGGCCAGAUCUCCGGGAUCAUUAUCUUCGCUCUGUCCUGUGCAAGCUCGAAGCCAGGUAUCCGGGCACUCCGUGGCUGGCCCAGCUCAGAUAUCCUGACCAGCAUACGACCUACGUUCUGGAAACUCUGCUUCCUGGUGACCAGUUCACGGGACCUGGAGUCCCCCGGCAAUGCGGUAGUCUAGACACCUGUCUGGAGGACCUACAAUUCAAUCAUUGUUCUUCAAAUGUUCUCUCAAGUUCAGAUAUUUGGCGCGCAAUUGAAUUUCUGUGUUCGGCAAAUAUACAAGGGCCGUCAACUGUUCGUAAUAUCCUCGUCAUCGCAGCUUCUUCACCGGUGGAAGGCACAGAUGCCAAGCAGCACACGUCAAAUGUCCCAUUUUACAAUUCGUGGUUCGGCCUUGCGCACAAACUCGCGGAGACCAAUAUCCAAUGCCACAUGAUAUUAAACGCUUACCAAGACAUGACUGGACUGACCACGCUGUUUAAUGAAACGACAAUGCUGCAGAGAAACGUCGAAGAGACCUUGUGUCUUCCUGCAGAAUCGGAGCGUUUCCUCGUACGCUUCUCUGGCAAACCCCCGACCAUUACACCAAGUCUCUUUGCUCAAGAAUCCUUCAAAAAUCCCCCUUCUUCAGCGUCUUACCACACGCUCGAUUCUUCAUUCACUGAAGACCAUCCGGAUACCAGUUCCCCCCCUCAUCUCCUGCCAGAACCAACAGCAGAGGCGCCGAGUCUUGUCGCUCAUCUGCAGCAGGUUCAUGGGUUGACGAAGAAAAAGGUUUACGGCACCAAGCCCGUUCGAAAGCCGUUUUUUCGGGAUGAGCGAGUCACCGAGACAAGUCGAAGGUCGACAUUGCUUGCUAGAUCAGUGCCCAUCGACAUGGACAUGACAAGAGCUCCUGGAGGUCGUGUUGUCUCCCACUCUGUGAUUGACCGCAGCGCUCGUGUUCGACACACAAUUUCUGCGGGAAGCCGUAUGCAUGGGUACCACCAACCGGCUCCGCAUUGGUCGCCUAUGUCCAUGGCGUCACCCAUACCGUCUAAUCUCCCGGUAACUGCCUCGUCAUCCGCAGCGCCCCCGAACUUAGAUUCAUAUAUCUCAUCUCCAUUCAACCCAUCCCCGCCUAACGUCAGUAGCACCCCAACCCCAUGGACACCAUUCUCGGGCACAUCUCCGUCUUCUUCUCACGUCCCCUGCAGCACUCCGGCCUUCGCACCCCUGCCAACACUGCCUCUCAGUCACACUCCUAGCUCUCCCGACAAUUCCCCACCGCCGUACCUACGCGAUCCGGAGAUAUUACAUCCUGGGGUCUUGUUUGACCCCCCGAGCUUCUACGGCCAUGGGCAGGGAACACAUACGCCCAAUCGCGAGUGCGUGUUCCCUGGCCAUGGUUCGGGGAUUCUCGCGUCAGUGGUGUCGCCAUCUCAACUCGAUUCUGAUGCUCAUCAAUCGGGAUAUUCAUCCUCCGAGUCACUUUCCACGGAGCAAAUCUCAUCUUACGACGCGAACAAUUGGAGUCAGACGACGUACGGACCUACCGAGCCUGUGUACGGUUCGCCCAAUUCUUCCUGUAGCAGCUCACUGAAAGGCUGGGCUGGCUGA